GCAGUUAUAGAGCUUAACGGGAUUUCACAACAUGUGUACAUCUAUUUUCGUUUCAGCAAGUACCCAGAAUAUUCGGAAUAGUGUCACAUGUAGAUCUUGGUUUCGCUCUGUCUACAGGAAGAUGGCUUCCUCUUCGCAAACAUCAGGACAACUGUUUGAUUUUCUCCUAGUGUUAGAUUUUGAAGCCACAUGUGCACCGAGGGGAGAGACACUUCAACCUCAGGAAAUCAUUGAGUUCCCAUGCCUGAAGGUGAACACCCAGACUGGUGACGUCGAGUCUCAGUUCCAUCAGUAUGUGAGACCACGUGUCCAUCCCCAGCUCACAGACUUCUGCACAGAGCUGACAGGUAUUAUCCAGGACAUGGUGGAUGGACAGCCCCAUCUUGAAGCUGUGCUUGAGAUGUUUGAUGGCUGGAUGGCGAAGGAGGGCCUGCUGGAUGGGAAGACCACAUCUGCCUUUGUUACCUGUGGGGACUGGGAUCUCCGCACCAUGUUGCCUGGACAGUGCCGCCAUUUCAACAUCACACCAAAAGCAUACUUCAGCAAGUGGAUCAACAUCAAGAAGAGUUGUGCGGAGGCCACAUCCGUGUUCCCCCGGGGGAUGAUGGGCAUGCUGUCCAUGUUACACCUGCAGCACACGGGCAGACAUCACAGCGGGAUAGAUGACUGCACCAACAUCGCUGCCGCUGUCAAGGAGCUGAUCAGAAGGAAGUAUGUCUUCAAGCACAAUGGCCGCUGAAGUAGUAACAUCAAGUGCAUUCACAAGCCGACACCCGGUGCCAAUGAUAUCUGAACUGUGAACAUGUGUUUUUUCUCCAGUGAUGUCGUUACCAGUCCACCUUUAUAUAUACAACAGCAAUGGCCUUACCUGAUUAUGCAGAUUCAUUGAAGUAGUAUGGAUCUUGAGAUGCUUCCUGAAGACGAUCAGUGACAUGAUGUGAGGAUGUAUUGUGGUUUAA